UGCCGGUUCGAUAAGAACGAGACUGAAAGAAAACAGUAUAUUUGCUCUCUUCUACUAUUCGAAGCGCGGAACGCACAUCUAUGAAAUUCUUGAUUAUGUGCGUUAUUUUUUCUAUUACGAUUUAUGCAGGACUUCGUCUCCAUUCUGGCGUUACUGUAGAUGUUGUCUUGACAACCAUUCGAAACAAUGGAUUCCGCAACUAGCCUCCAAGAGGCAUUUGACAGUUCUCUAACAACUUGAUUCUAUAAAGAUGGAUUACAGGCAAUUACAAUACGAGUUGUAAUUUGUGCUGUAUAAAUAUAAAAUGCAAACUGAAGCAUCUGUCUUGCCAGUAGUACAACUUGAUGAACAUAGAUCAUUUAAUAGAAAAUCAAAACUUAAUUCAAAAACUCUAUACUGGAAUCCAAAAGCCAGUCUCUUUGCAGGAAUACAUUACUUCCACCAAAUAAAAAAUCCUUAAAUCCCUUGCUUGGUACACCAUAUAGAGGCAGUAUCAAACAAUCAUUAUCCGAUGAAUCAAAAUCUAAUAAAAGUGUUCUUGGACAAAGGGUAAUGUCAGCGAAAAUGUUACGUUUUAAACAAUUACAAAAUCAAUUGGCUGAUGCACACUAUCAUCUCAAUGAACUAGCAAAUGAAAAUAGAUUAUUAAAGGCGCUGCAGAAGAGACAGGAUUCUGCAUUGAGGCGUUAUGAGGGAACAAACGCUGAGUUACCAAGACUUAUAAAUUCGCAUCACGAAGAAUUGAGAGUGCUUCAAACAAAAUAUAAAAAAUUGAAAGAUUUACACAAAGAUACAUGCAAUUUGCUAAAAGAAAAGGAAAAUGAACUUUAUUCUGUAAAUUCACAAAACAAACAUCUCUUGCAACUUAGUAAAGAUCGACAUCUUGAAGAAAGAGAAAAAUUACAGUUACAUUUAUUAGACAUGAAUCACAAAAUGCAACAGCAACACGAAACUAUACAGCUAUUACAUAGGAAACUUGCACUUGAAACUAAGAGCUUGAAGCAUCAACUACAUGUCGAGAUUUCCAAACAUAAAGAAACACAGAAGAACUUACAAGAGACAAUAGAGAAAUUGAAAAAUUUAGAAUGUUUAUUAGACAAUAGAGAAAAGAGACUAUAUAAUGGUCAGGUGCCGAUUUGUACUAAACAAAAAAAUCUAGGUAGUCAUUCUCUUACAAAUCUCAGCAUUACCAAUCCAACAAAAGCGUCUAGUAGAAAUAAAAGAAGUGAAAAUGAUAUACCAAGAGAUAAUUUGCCAUCCCUUGAUAUAUUGGAAUCCAAUAAUGAUGGAAAAGUGAUUCAGGCAACAAAUGAUGUUAAUGAUCAUUCAAUGAAUCAGCUAAAAUCAGAGACAAUGGCAAGCUUGCAGCAGAUACGAAAGUUUCGAUUACAAAGAUCAUCAAAUAUGCGUAAAAACGCUUAUUCUAUGGAUGAUAUAAGAUUUAGGCCUAAAGAUACUGAAACAAAGACGCAUAAUAACGAAAAAAUCACAUUAGUAGACUCUAAAGUAAUAGAGAGAGACGAUUUGAAUGAUAACAAUGAAAGUGGAAAAUUAAGAAAAUUAUUUAGUAAAAUAAAAAGCCAGAAUUUACAAAAAGAACUGAAAAUUGAAUUUAAUUAUUCAUCCGAUGAUAAAGAAAGUGAUAGUAGUGAACAUUAUAUUGAGCCUUAUCUAAAUACUGCACACAAAUCUAGAGAAUUAUAUGCAAAAUUAAUCAGUAGCGCAGAUGAUACCUCUGAUACUUUGGAUAAUAUGAUGAAAAGGACAGAUCAUUACAGUAACGAAGAAGAGGAAGAAUUAAACACAGACCUAAUGAAGGACUUAGCAUGUCAGAAGCAUUUGCAAGAAAGCAAAUUAAAAGUAUUACAACAUUAUAAAAACAAAAAUAUUUAUGAUAGUGACUCUGAAGAUUCUGAAGAGAAGAUGGAUAUAAAUGGAGACACUUCCACAGAAUAUAAAAUGAAUGAAUUUCAAAUAAAUUCAUCUAAAUAUGCUAAGGAGCAGUUUAGUAAAUCUUUCAAUGAUACGAAUCAGCAAGAAUACAUUGUUUCAGAAAUCAGAGACCAAAUCUCUAAGGAGAUUACAGGAAGAUUACAGAAUACAGAGUUACAAAGAAUAUCUGAUGAUACUUUAGAUGAUAUCCAUACGGAAAACGCAGAAGCUACUGAACAAUCUUCAAAAGCAGAAAAGAUAUGGCUGGAAGACAGACAACUUUCGAAAAAUAAUGGAAUAGAUCAUUUUUCCACAGAUAUUAAAAAGGAAGACCAUUCAAAAGAAGAAGAGGCAAAAUAUUCAGAGAAUAAGACAAUAUAUAGUGAUUCAUCACAUGGUAAUCAUGAGACACUUGAACAAAAUAAUGUAUACGAUGAAAUAAAAAGUUUGCCAAGUCCGGAAAGGAAAGAUACCAAGAAAAAUUCUCAGCAAACUUACGAAAAGGAAUCUGUAACUAACGAUUCCGACGGAAAUAAUCAAUCCACUCAUAAUUUAGAAAAAGAAUAUCUUAAGUCCAGAAUAGAGGAAAUGCUAAGUACAACGCAACACAGUGAUAAAGAAAUAUUAAAUAAAGAUAAUUUCAAUGUAGAAACAAAAAAUAAAUUAAAUACAUCAUUAGAAGCAGAUGUAAGUACAUUAUCUAAUAAUGCGCAUGUAUCUCAUCAGAAUGAACAGAGUAAUGGUACAAAAACUGAAAUAACAAACACGAAACAAUCAAAUGAAAAAAAGAAAGUAAUCAAUUAUAACAAAGAAAAAUUAUUGGCGACAAUGCGAGCUAUUGAUGACAAUGAAAAUAUUGAAUUUCUAAAUCAGGGAUUCAGGAAUCACAACAUUAACAGAAUGCAAAUAACUGAGAAUUUAUAUCGCGGCUUACCUGCACAUUCAAAGCCAAAACGUGAUAUUAUAAAAGAUAUAUUUGAAGACAAUCACAUAGAAAAUAAAGUUAGAGGCACUUGCAGUAAAUCUCAUUAAAAUUUUAGAAAUCUUUAGACAGAAGAUUGUAGUAAAUAGAGCAAACUUGUUUUUUUCCUUACCUUCCUCCAUUCUAUUAAACUUCGCAUGCAAAUAUAGGUAAGAGGAAAAAUAUUUAAAGAUGCGUGCGUUUAUAUAUUUUUUCUAGUGUAUUGAAGUUUUUAUUAACUUA